AUGCAUGAGGUAAUCAGUUUCGCCAACUCUCAGUCGGCAGGACAUCUUCUCGCCCAACUAUACAAUGUGCAAGAGUCUCACUUAGCAUACACGAAAGAGAAGAAACUCACCCAUUCCAAUAAUGUGUUUCUUGCUCCAACCAAAGUGAAUGGACGCACAAACUACUAUCCCCGGACACUCAACGUCGAAUUUUCCGGCGGCUAUGGAUUCUUGGGCAAAUACGAGUACCAUGAAAAAUCAACCGACGUGUCCGAUCUCGCAGAAUUGUACGGUGGUGUCGUUAUGGAGAAGCAACCAAAACCAGAUAAGAAUGAGUACCAGAAAUGUCUAGAUGCCGGCAAAAAACCCGAUAGAAGCAUGCUAACAGACUCAAAUACUCAAUGCUGGACAUCAUACAACAAGCUCAUCUACCGACCCUCGUCGUUGUUGGAGCUACUGGAAUUUAACCAUCCUGAUGGAUGCAACAAGCGCUUUCCUCGCCUACGUUUCGACGACUUUCCAGUGGGCCAGACCGCAUACAAAGAUGUCCAGUACGAUGCGGAUGAAACCUUUAGAAGAAACUUGGAGGCUCUGGACAACAUCCAGGGCAUAAACUUUGUUACCGAAUCGAAUAAUGCCUGGGGUGGGUUCACCAACGAGCUCAUGGUCGAUGUAAAGGACGAGUAUUUCAAUAACGGUGCCAAUAGCAAACACAACUUGUGGAGUUAUGGAUUGUUCUCGCCCAACGUUGGCACCAAGAACAUUUUGACCGAGAUAAGAUCUUUUGUGGGUCUCGCCAACUCCUCCACUCUUUUUGUUCCUAUCAUGGUGCCCAGUGCUUGCGCAGGGUUUUUUAAUGCGAAUUAUGAUUCUUCGAACCUUUGGCAUCGGGGUGCGGUUCUGUCUUUGUUGGUCAAUUCUAUUUGGGGACUCAAUUGUCAGGAGAGUCUGCCUAUCAGAAUGGCCGAAAUUGAAGCAGAACUUCUGCGCGGCUUCAGCAAAAGAACCAUCGUCAACGAAAUAGAGAUUUCGGCCAAAAAGCCUCCCGCUCAAUUCGGAAUCGUCCAGGAUGUCAACAUUAUGGACUACUACUCGAACCCCGAGAAAAUUACUGCUCCAACAUCAGACUCAAACAAACUCAGUCUAGGAGUUUCAAAUAUUGAAGGGUCUCAGCAACUCUCGUCGGCGCUUAUAGGCGAUGCAUCCUCAGAGAAUGCUACCUUUAUUAACAACCAGAUGAAAGAGGUCGUCGAACAGGAUUCAUUUCCACAAAUCUUAGAUAAAGUGUCUGAUUUCUCUGUGUCAAUGAGGCAAUCCACCGCUAUCCGCCACAAACUCAAGGAGUAUAAACAAAUUGUCUCUCGGGUCAGGCUACCGCACCAUCUCGAAAUCAUUGGCGAAAAGGGCGAACUUAUCGAGGAGAUCUCUGCCCUCAUCGAGGAAUAUACUGUGGGCUACUCUGACGAAAGUGAUUCGGAUGAUUAA